AUGAAGAAAAACGAUGAACGGAUAAAAGGGACUGCGUGUUGCGGAACCUGGGAGGGCGAAAGAAGUAGAACGGGUAGGAAACGGCUGGGUGGUGGUGGUGGCGGCGUCCGGCGCAGUGGAGGGCACGGCGGCGCAGAGGGGCAGUUUGGUCAGGGGGAAAGGGAGGGGAUGGGGGGAUGGGGGAAAUGGGGGGGCUGUUGCUGGUUGAGGGGGGUUGUGGUUGACGGUGGCGGCGGCGUAUGGGGGCACGGAGGGGGCAGUGGCGGAGGAGGAGGGGGGAAGAAGAGAGAGAAAGAAAGAAGGGAAGAGGAGAGAGGGAGGGUAGGUUGCGGCAGCGUCUGGGUGGUCGGCGGCGUCCGGGUGGUGUCGGUGGUGGCUGGGUGGUGGCGGCGGCGGAUAGAGAAAGGAGAGAGGGGGAAGGGGGUGGAGUUUGUGGUGGACGGUAACAGCCUUGGGAUGGGUGUUUCCAGUGGUUUUAUUCUCCACAUAAGGCCAUGGGGGUCUGUUGAGGGGCUGAACAUCCGGAAGAUAAUUGCUUUAACUUCUCCACCAUUGCUUGUUCCAGUUGACGAAGGAUUGCAGUGCACUGUUUCAUUGAUUCUUCGAGGCUAA